AUGGCGGACAAUGAAGCCUCUCUUGGAGAAGGUUGUCCUGUUAAAAGUUGUGGCCCCUUACGUUAUUGUAUAAAUAACGGCACGUUCUCGUGUUUAUGUGAAUGGGGAUACACAGAUAUUGGACAGACAUGCACAGAUAUCGAUGAAUGUAUCUCCAGGCCAUGCAAUUUAAAUGUAAGUUCAUGCGAAAACACAGUUGGCUCGUACAAAUGUUCGUGUAAAAAAGGAUACAGUUUGCUCUCGGAUGGAAAGACAUGUGUGACAGUUCCUAAUGAUGACAAUUCCUUCACAAUACGCUCUGUUUAUGGUUACGCCUACAUUCAUCGUUAUGAUGUCAAUAACUCGGCUGAAGUUCUUGCAAUAUCAAGCAAUUCCCCUCCUGCUAAAUUUCGUUUCAUAAAUCAGAAUGUGAUACAGGAAAUAAGCACCGGAAAAUGUAUCACAAAAAAGAUCAACUACUUCAUGGAUCUUACCUUUAUCUGCGAUGGACCCUUUGCUCUCAGAUGGCGUUACGAAUCCUCUACUGAAUAUUUAGUUUCUAUGAAAGCAAAGCUCUGCUUCGCCGACGUGGAGAGCAUCGGUGCCUCCUACUGUCAGACCAGGUUUGGGUCCCUGCGUUUCUAAUAUUAAUGCCGUUUUGGAGGGUUAUAAGGAUUGACAAGGAUUGAGUUUACGAAGUCAUAUAAUUUAAUAAUUAUUACACACAGUGUAAGGGUGUCGGACCGCGUGUUUUUUAUGUUACCAAAAUUUGGUUUUCGAACGUAAUGAAUGUUAUUGUGCAUCUAUUAACCAUACUUUUAAUUAGUUUGCAUUUUUAUUGUAUACGUACGGCUCCAUUAAGGGCGUUUGUCUCCGAACAUUGAACCUUAGUUUAAACUUUAUUAGCCCAAUGAUUGAUAACUUCAUUUGAGCUCGUGAGUAUUGGAAUUCACCGGCCCCUUGUGAGAAUACCUAUAAAGAAAUGUAGAACAUUCACAAGAUAAAUCAUACUUGUUUUGAUGGGAAUUUUUUGACAUUGGGGCCGAUAUACCGACAAGUUAUAGUUAUCAUCCUUUCGUUUUUCCGGCACAGCAUGCUAUUGUGAGUAUGAUUACACGACUAACAGAAUCGUGUUUUACUCAUUUGAAAACCUUCAUUUCAGUACCUCAAAGUCGUUACGUUUUCGCUUCAUUUGAUCUCGGUAACCUGGCUCAUGUGAACAACCCCUAAAGGUGAUUCUCCAUUACCACCCUCUUUACCCGCGCGGGCGAAGCGCCCUUUGAAAAUCUGCCCAUGCGACCAUGCACGGUGCAAAAACAAAGCGCGCUUCGCUCGCGCGUGCGGAGAGGACGUAAUAGAGAAUCGCCUUAAAACACUUUGACCGCCAAAGACGGAGAUUUUCGUUUUUUGAUCGAUUAUCACUAAUCGAUCUGUCUAGACCAUUGACGGUGAAAGUGUUAAGGCUAUAGGCCUUGUGUUUAACACGGUUCACCGUCAACAAAUGUUCUUUAAUUUUAAUUAUUGGUAUAUUUAAUAGUACGGUUGAAUGAUAAAACCAGGUAAUUUCACUGGACGCUUUGGACAGCCAGGUCUUAUCUAAACUUUCUGGAAGAUUUUUGCACUUGAUUUUUGCAGUGAACACACACUUUGGCGAGGUCU